UUAUCAAGUCAUACGUUUUACGCAACACACGCGGCUUAAUAGAAAUAUCUGACAUUUUAGUCACACUUGUUUGAUAAUUUGAAUAAUACUGAUAGUGUUAAGUGUAAAACCCACAUCCACAAAUAUCAAAUGAUUAGUUGCACUCGUUUCCAUACUGACUUCGGGUUCGGACACAUUUUUUAUUUUGUUUAUGUGUACUAAGCUCAAAUAUUAGACCUAUACUAUGUCUACUCUAUCAUUUAUUAAAUCAGCAAAAGGCAAAGUUAUUCUUGCUACAGUGGCGGCUUUACAUCUGGCAAUUUACGUAGUGAAACCAUCUUAUUUCAAGGGCAAUGAAGAUAAGAAAGGUUACGAAGCGCCGCCUAAGUAUCUGCCAUAGAACUGUACGACCUUGGUAAAUAUUUGUACCCGGAAAUUUUUCGCACACAAAAAAGAAAACAUUUCAAUUGAUUCAUGAUUUAUAAAACAGCCGCAGUUUCCGUAGCAAGUCUGCUUCGUAAAGGUUUGUCAAGUAACAUCACAAGAACAAUGAGUUCAGGAAAGUAUAAAGUAUAUAUCACUCGCUCUGAUAUGCCUGAAUGUGGUGUUGAUUUACUUAAGAAACAAUGUGAAGUUAAAAUGUGGAGCAAACCAUCUCCUGUUCCAGUUGAUGAGUUUAAGAAGUCAAUUUGUGGUGUUAAUGCUAUAUAUUGCUCUCUUACUGACAAAAUAAACAAAGAGAUUCUUGAUGCCGCUGGGUCGGAACUGAAAGUUAUAGCAACAAUAUCUGUUGGAUAUGACCACAUUGACAUUGCAGAGUGUAGGAAACGGGGUAUUAAGAUUGGGUACACACCAGAUGUAUUGACAGAUGCCACUGCAGAACUUACAAUGGCACUGUUACUGUCCACAUCCAGACGUCUCCCAGAAGCACAACAUGAAGCUAGAACUGGAGGCUGGGUAUCUUGGGCUCCCACGUGGAUGACAGGACCUGGCCUAGCUGGAUCUACUGUUGGCAUUGUAGGGUUGGGGAGAAUAGGCCAAGCUAUAGCUAAACGUAUUAGGUCAUUCAACCCCUGCAAGAUUCUCUACUUUAACCGCAGUGAAAAAAAGGAAGCAAAGGAAAUAGGUGCAAUUAAAGUCAGCUUUGAUGAACUUUUAGCGCAAAGUGAUUUUGUAAUUUGUUCUGCUGCAUUAGUACCAGAAACUAAAGAGAUCUUCAAUAAAAGUGCAUUUGAAAAAAUGAAACGCACAGCUAUUUUCAUCAAUACAAGUCGAGGUGGCACUGUUGAUCAGGAUGCUCUGAUUGACUCACUUAAGAACAAUACAAUAAGAGCAGCCGGUUUAGAUGUGACCACUCCAGAACCUUUACCAUUAGACAGUCCAUUAUUUAGACUAAGGAAUUGUGUUGUCUUACCACACAUUGGCAGUGCUACGAUAGAAACAAGGAACACUAUGAGUGAAUUAAGUGCUAAUAACAUACUAGCUGCUUUGAAUGGUGUUGACAUGCCUGCAGAAUUAAAGUAGCAGUGAAAAUUAUGAAUCUUGACAAGUAUAAUAUAUUUUUGUGUAUUUUACCAUAAAUAUAUGAUAAUAUAAUAAUAUAUUAUUAAAAUGAAUAUGUUAUCAUUUCAUCAUUUUAUGUUAUUUGCUGUAUAUAUUGUUACUACUGCUUAUGGAUGGAGUAAAAUAUUAUGCUAUGAGUAAAAUUCAGCUCAUAUUUCCUGGAAUUUACGAUCAUAUAAAAUAUUGAGAAGUGUGUACACAUUCUAUAAAAAAAACAUAAAAUGUUUUCUAAAACUUCCUGCAUUUUGUCAAACUACAUU